AUGCAAUUCAAUAUCCUCCUGAUCCUGUCCACGCUGGCAGCCCUGAGCACCAAUGCCACAGCCGCCGUCAUCCGUGACAGCAAUAGUAUCGCUAUCCAACACCCAACUCCCACCCCGGACUCAAUCCACACGCCCAUCCCAACCAGCAAGGCGAUCCGCACCCUGCAUAGGAGACUUGCCCCGGCAACCCCCUGCCCAUCGGGCACACCGGCCCCAAUAAUUGCCCCAAUCCCAUCUGGCACGCCUGUCCGUACCCUGCGCAGAAGAAUUGCCUCGCCAGCCCUGUACCCAUCUAGCACGGCUAUCCCACUCAACCAGCCUCUUGCAUCCAGCUCUCCCACUCCCGUCCUGCGGAGACGAAACGCCCAAUCCGCUUACCCUUCUCAAACACCUGUCUCCACCCCCGCUCCCGAGGCUGAUGCCCCUGCUGGUCCGCCUGCUAGUGCCCCUGCUGACGCCCAGGCUGGCUUCCCUGCUAAUGCCCAGGCUGGCUCUCCUGAUAGCGCCCAGGCUGGCUCCCCUGCUAAUGUCCCUGCUAGUUCAGGGGAUAUCUCGCAGCUGGGAAAUCUGCUGGCAGGCUUGAUGGGCGGGCCUGCUUAA